AUGGGCACUGCCGUUUGCAGCCGGUGCUCCGACACAGGCGAAACUUUGCCCCAACAGUGGGCAGCUUGGAGUUGGGGGGGGACCGAAGAUGUGGUGUUCAGCGAGGAGGACCUCAUAGUUACCCGUGCGGCCACUGCAACUGGCACGCUUCUGGAUCAGCUCCAAGGCAAGUGGGUUCGCCAGGAUGGCUUCUUCAUGGGCGUGCUCUCGAAAAGCCGCUUGCGAUGGGGCGAGGCCUUCCGAGGUGAUGAGAGUCUGGUCGAAGAGGCAGGGCCCAACAAGGUGCGUCUCCAGUUGGCUGGGGAGGUGCAUGAAGGAAGCGUUUUCGCAGGCCGCCACAUGAGCAUCCACUGGGCAGACGGCGAGAUCUGGUUCCUGGAUGCAGAACUGGCGCGCUGA